GGUCCGUAUCAUUUUUCGGACAAGUGCCAAAAUCUCUCUCGGUAGUUACCUGCCUGUAACAUCAUUGUUCCGUGAUAUCAAUAGACGCCGCAAGACGAAACAUGAUGUUAUUUAUUAUUACGUAAUACACUGAUAUACUCGUGGUUCAGAGAUUCCUGACAUCACCGGCAUUCUCUGUCACGCCUUAUUGGCCUCACCAACGCAAUAAGUACUAGUGUAAACUCAAAUGUCAACACCAGUCGACGUUUGAUUAAGUUCCGUGUAGCUUGUUUAUGGUCUUCGGAAAACUUAUGUACUUGACGUAAAUGAGGUAUUAAUGGAUAGAUUAAAUUUAAUCUACGGGGUUCAAUUGUUGAACGUUUACGAUACUACAACCGAGUGAGCGGGAAAGGGGUUAGAUGCCGGGUAUAACAUGAUAAUCGAUGAGCCUCCGCCCGCCGCCAAACUGGUUGUGUGGGAGCCGUAAGGUUCAACGUUAGAAUAAUAAUUAAUGCGGUGCUCGUAAUGUAUUGCAAUAUUUGAAUUUUAUACAAUUAUUCCAUAACGUACUACGUGAAAAGGAUUUAUGAGAAUACAAGAGGAGAAAGAUAUUUUUUUGGACAUUUGUAGAACUUAGCUGCUUCGAUCAUGGCCGAUCCAUCUAUACAAACAUUUUGUUGCCGGAGAGCUCUCGAUUAUCAUCCUGCUUAUAAACUAAUGAACGAAUUCAAUACCGACCGUUUUAAUAUGGUGUGUUUACUGUCUUCGCUGAUUGGAAUAUCUGGGGCUACUUAUCAGAUAUUGCCUAAAAUUGAGCUUAAAGUUCCUAACAGAUUUUAUUCAAAUAUCAUGUGGAGAGGAAAAACAAUUAUUAUGUGGUUAGCCUUAGCAGAUUUCUGUGCAUCUUUAGGCAUUUUUUUGAGGUCUUGCUUAAAAUUGAUGCAUCAUUUUCAGUGGUACGAUGGACAACCAUAUACAGCUACAUGUAUAUUUUUAGCUGUUUGGAUUCAAUAUUUUUAUAUGGUCACUUGGUUGUGGACUUUAUUAUAUGCUGUGGAUAUGUGGAGAGCGUAUCAAGAUAAACAUUCAUAUAGAAAAUUAUAUCAUUUCGUAGCUUGGAUAUUUCCUGCAAUUUUUACAUUUAUUGGACUAUCAACUCUCUACACACCAAAUGCCAACUGUCACAAUUUGAGCUUGAAAGAAAAUGUUGUAAUGAAAUUUUUUCCAAAUUACUUUCUUACAUUUUUGCCAGUAAUUAUUGUUAUGGUUGUGAACCCUGUGUUAUAUUCUAUAUCUACUGGUUUUAUUUACCAUAUUAUAACUUCAUACAUGGCACAAUAUUCCACAAAUGAAAGAAAAAUGUUAGAUUUAUUUAAACAGAGGUUCGCAUUAAUUAAUUUAGGAUUUUAUUUGUGUUGGACUCCUAAUAUAAUUAAUGCUGUGAUAGUUUGGACAUCUUGGGACGAUUUACCUAGUGGGGUAAUGCUAACACUUUGGUAUCUAAUGGCUAUUUUAAAUCCCAUGCAAGCAUUUUUCAAUAGUUUUCUAUAUAAUUUGCUUGAACAUACAGAAGAAAUCUGUCGUAGUUGUUUUGGAUCACAAAAUCGAGUACAAGAAAUUAUAGAACGUAGACCGUUAUUACUAGCUGAUGUAAAAGGUUCGGCAAAUUCUAAUGGCUAUGAAAUAAUUAAAUAA